AAUUCUUCCCAACCUUACCGGGAUAGUCGCGUUAGGGAAGGAAUCGUAGCAAUAAGUGGCUGGGCGGACGGUGGAUGGUGGUGGUGGAUGGUGGUGAUUGUUUUCAUUUUAACUAUGGUGAAUUUUCACGGAGACACACCCCCGAAGAAGACGUGACAUAUCGGGGAUGAAAGGACGACCGAUUAUUAGGUUGGAUGGAUUUAAGUCCCGCAGGAAGGGCGCGUUUUUUAGGGAGGAUUGGGUGAAUUGAUGGCGAUGAUAGGGGCCAAUCUGAGGUUCGGAAUCGGCGCAUCCGGUAACGUGUCGUCGAACGCGACCAAGGUAUUUCAGUGUCAUCCAGGUGGAGCGACAGAAGCGACGCUGAUAUUCAGCCUGGGUGCCCUCGGGAUGGGUGCUAACUUCCUAUUGAUGGCAUUGAUCCUAACCAAACGGCAGUUACGAAGAUGGUCGCAAGGAUUGCUGUUCCACCAAGCGAUGGUCGACUGUGCUAGAGCCGCGAUUUUAUUACCUCUUGGCUCCAGUAUACUGAACUGUCAACCGAUGACUAAAUGUUCUCUGGUCGAGACAGCGUUUCUACUGUUGGUGACAGUGUCGACGGUGAACAUGUUGACGACGGUGUUAAACGACAGCCCAAUCUUCCCGGAAACCGACGAGGAGGCUGAUCUCACAGCCCCUCUGCUUAUGGACUCGCCACAGUGCGUGUUAUUCGGCACGUUUAUGAUAUGGUUCGCGAGCAUCACGAUUAAUCUGGGUCCGACAUUUCUAAGUGGUGCUCUGGCUGCGAACACGGAAUCAGGACACAAUGCUCCAAGUUGUCCUCUGGUACACGGUCCUUUCCGUCAUUACAUAUUGAACGUGCUGUGGAUCGCUAUCAACAUGAUCUGUGUCGCUCUCACCCUCAUACAUCUUCGAAAAUUGCACAAAGAUCUGACGAAGGCGAACGUUGAAGCUGUAAAGGUAGCGCUGUUAACGAUUCUCGUGAAUACCACGGGAAAUCAACAGACGAACGCGGUUUCUGAAAAUUCUACGUCUGCCAACGGCACGCCUAAGAGAAGCGGAGCAGCAGAGGAGCACCGGAAAAUGAGAAACUACUUGAAGAGAAUGGAACGGGAGGGUGUUCAGAGGGUGAAAAUGUUUCUGGUGAUAACGGCCGCGUACGGUAUCUUUUGGGGACCAUUGUUCUUCGUCACUUUGGUGGAUCAUCCUAGCAUUGGAAAUCCUACAGGAUACGAGGUGACAUUACAUAUCGCGUACGUCCACGCAUUCGUGAACCCGGUGUUGUUUCUGAGCCUUCACCGAGGACUUAGACAGGGACUGUCGGAAUCUUUCUGCGGCUGUUGCGAGGUGAUCGCUAGCUGGAUUCUGGGUCCAAGUAUGCCCAUAGAGAAUAUACAACCUCCACGAUACCAGGAACCCAUCGAUGCCGUACCAUCGCCCCCGGAACCGCCAUUGCCGCCAGCUACCACAUGCCCUGACCUCACCGACGUCGCUCUUCUGAAACCACCCUUACCGCCCACUGGCAAACACUUACUGGACGACACCGUGAUCGUACCGCCGGAUCCAUGGACCCUGGUAUCAAGAUCGAAAAGCACAUCAAGCGUUUACAAUGAAGAUGUUAGUAGAAGAUCGAGCAUUUUGAUACCACCACCGUUGACGAUGAACGAUACGAAAGUAAAUGUCAGUCCAACUAGCAGCGAUUUACCUAGCGAAUGAACCUUUCUUUGAUAUAUUUUUCUCAAAAAAGGAUAAAACAUUUCUAUUCGAUACAAAUGAUAUUCCAUUAAAUCUUAAACAUUCUCAAAGUAAUCACUGUUUUAAUUGAUUUAAUUAGAUGUGACGAUUACGGGUAAUACUAAUAUUCCUUUGAUCGAACUUUUUGUUGCAGUCGAUGAAGAGAUUUUUUGUAUACAAUAGUGAGAGUCGAAAGUCGGUACACGGUUCGCAGGUGUGAAUUUUCA